AUGGCGCAAGAAGAGGUAUUCGAACUCGCGCCCAUGGCUCCAUCCCGCCCUUCCUACAACCCUCGGGGCAGGACAACAUCUGGCCAGCAGCUGACGCCCAAAAUCCAGGUCUUCUCCGGUCCCAUGAGUGAGAGCAUCCCCACGAGUGUAUCCGGCUUCCGACACCGACGGCCAAGAGCAGACUCAAGCGCGAGUUUGACUAGUUUCGCCUACUACGAUGAAGAGCAGGAUUCAGAUGAGGAGUUGGAAGACGAGGAUAGCGCCAUCCUAGAAGAUGAGGGGAGUGUAUACAACGGAUACACCGUGUCGGAGAUUGAGGAUCUCGAGGCUGGCGUCUCGUCGCAGUCAUCGCCUUCACCGUCGCCAUCGCGCCGGCCGUCGAAUGGUAGCGGCAAAUCAUCUCACAGCAGGAAAUCGUCUAGUGGCAGGAAGUCUUCUGAGAGACCUUUGCUGCGCAGACACUCUUCGACAGGCAGCACAGGCUCGGGCAUCGACUGGAGGGGGCGCAGGUCCAACCAGAAGAUUUACAUCAUGACCGAGGAUCUCACCAUUGUUAUUGCUGGUUUCAAGACGUCGCCGUUUGGGUUUGCGCUGUAUGCGCUACUGUGCAUUGCGACCUUUGGACUCGGCUGGCUCUUUUUCAGAUGGCUGCCCCGUUGGAGAGUUGCGAUAAUCGGGAAAUCCACGCCGCUGAAAGAGUGCGACUGGAUAGUGACAGAGAACCAGUGGGGUGAAUUUGCGGUACAGGACGUCAGCAUCCAAAUCUACGGCCGGUCGCUGUCAACCGUAUUCGGUGACCCAGAAAAGGGACGACCGAGAGAGUGGGACGAAGACGACGACCCGCUAAUCGGGGAAUUGCGAUGCCUGGACUACCGCUACAUUCGCUUCGUCUACCACCCUAUCAAAGACAAGUUUGUGCUGGCGAAUACCUGGAAGGAUCCCACCUGGACCGAAGUCUCCGCCCUGCGCGAGGGUCUCGACAACGACGAGCGCGAUUACCGCGAACUAGUCUUCGGAAAGAACUUGAUUGACAUCGCGGAGAAGACCAUUGGCCAGCUGCUCGUCGAUGAGGUCUUCCAUCCCUUCUACGUCUUUCAAAUCGCAAGUCUGAUCCUUUGGUCCUUGGACGAGUACUACUACUACGCUUGCGCCAUCUUCAUCAUCUCGGCUGUUAGCAUUGUCACGACGUUGAUCGAGACAAAGACAUCGAUGAAGAGACUCCGCGAAGUGUCCAAGUUCGAAUGCGACGUCCGAGUAUUGCGCAGUGGAUUUUGGACGCAUGUCGAUUCUGCCGAACUCGUGCCAGGAGAUGUCUACGAGGUCACCGAUCCUGCGCUUACGCAGUUCCCCUGCGACAGUCUGCUGCUCUCUGGAGACUGCAUUGUCAACGAGAGUAUGCUGACGGGCGAGUCUAUCCCGGUUUCCAAGCUUCCCGUUACAAACCAGUCGCUGGACAUGCUCGACCUCAGUGCCUCGGCUGUUCAUCCAGAAGUCGCACGACACAUGCUGUUCAGCGGAACCAAGAUCAUCCGCGCUCGUAGACCGCACGAAGAUCAUGUUGACGAUGAAGCCGCCGCACUAGCUAUGGUUGUCCGUACUGGCUUCAACACGACCAAGGGCGCGUUGGUCCGAUCGAUGCUCUUCCCUAAGCCUUCAGGCUUCAAGUUCUACCGUGACUCGUUCCGAUACAUCUCCGUCAUGGCCUUUAUUGCCAUGAUUGGCUUUGUUGCGUCGUUCAUCAACUUCGUGCACCUUGGUCUGGCAUGGCACUUGAUCGUUGUGCGAGCUCUCGACCUGAUCACCAUUGUCGUUCCUCCUGCUCUUCCCGCCACACUCACCAUCGGUACGAGCUUCGCUCUCUCACGUCUGAAGCAGAAGCAAAUCUUUUGCAUUAGCCCACAACGAGUCAACGUUGGCGGCAAGCUUGAUGUCGUAUGCUUUGACAAGACUGGUACGCUCACUGAGGAAGGUCUUGAUGUAUUGGGCGUUCGCGUAGUCGAGCGGCCCAGAAAUAGGUUUAGUGAGCUUCUGCCAGAUGCUUACGAUAUCCUCCCCGCAUCCCAGCAUGACCGCGAUCCGACUGUGGAAUACUUGGCACACAAGACUAUUCUGUACACCAUGGCUACCUGUCACUCGUUGCGCAAGAUUGACGAUGAGCUGGUGGGUGAUCCACUAGAUGUUAAAAUGUUCGACUUCACUGGUUGGAGCUACGAAGAGGGCGAUCAAAAGUCUGGCAGCUCCGACGACGAUCCUGAGCAGAAGCUUUCGCCUUCGGUAGCCCGACCUCCACCAGGCCGAGAGUAUGACGUGGAUGAUGUCGACGAUGACACCAAUAGGAAGCAAGUUGAGCUCGGUGUCCUGAAGAGCUACGAGUUCGUGUCUCAACUUCGGAGAGCCAGUGUCAUCGUGCGGCAGUUUGGAUCAAAAAGCGGACAGGUGUACGUCAAAGGUGCGCCUGAAGUCAUGAAGGAGAUAUGCCGACCCGGAAGCUUCCCUACUGACUACGAAGAGCUGCUGGCAUUCUACACGCAUCGUGGCUACCGUGUCAUUGCCUGCGCUACAAAGACGAUCCCUAAGCUCAAUUGGCUCAAGACUCAACGCAUGAAGCGCGAGGAGGCUGAGAGCGACCUAGAUUUUGUCGGCUUCAUCAUCUUUGAGAACAAGCUCAAAGACAGCACAGCGCCUGUCAUCGAAGAGCUCGAACGCGCCAACAUCCGCAAAGUCAUGUGCACCGGUGACAACAUCCUCACUGCCAUCAGCGUGGCUCGCGAGUGCAGUCUCAUCAACAAGACGGCGCACUGCUUUGUACCUCAUUUCGAAGAGGGUGACUCCCGGACGGCCUUGUCGAAACUCUGCUGGGAAAGCGUAGACGAUCCUGUCUUCAAGCUAGACGACAACACGCUCAAACCUCUCCCUCCACCACCAGAAGCCGAUGUCUCUCUCCCCUAUGACAUCUCCAACCUCCGCAACUACAGCCUGGCAGUCAGUGGCGACGUGUUCCGCUGGAUUGUUGAUUUUGCCUCUGAAAACGUCUUACGCGAGAUGCUUGUCUGUGGCCAAGUCUUCGCGCGCAUGUCGCCCGACGAGAAGCACGAGCUCGUCGAAAAGCUUCAAUCCAUCGACUACUGCGUCGGUUUCUGUGGUGACGGUGCCAAUGACUGCGGCGCUCUCAAAGCCGCCGAUGUCGGUAUCUCACUCUCCGAAGCCGAAGCCUCAGUCGCUGCACCCUUUACGUCCCGCCAAUUCGAUAUCAGCUGCGUUCCGCAAGUGAUCAAGGAAGGUCGCGCAGCCCUCGUCACGAGCUUCAGCUGUUUCAAAUACAUGUCUCUCUACAGCGCCAUCCAAUUCUGCUCCGUCUCCUUCCUCUACGCCUCCGCCAGCAACCUUGGCGACUUCCAAUUCCUCUUCAUCGACCUCCUGCUCAUCCUACCCAUUGCAAUCUUCAUGGGCUGGUCUGGCGCUUACCCCAUCCUCAGCCGCAAACGCCCCACGGCCAAUCUCGUCUCUCGCAAAGUACUUACCCCGCUGCUCGGCCAGAUGGUGCUCUGUAUCUUGGUUCAGUACAUUGCGUUCCACUUUGUCAAAUUGCAGGACUGGUACCAACCCCCUGUCAUUGACCGCGACCACAGCAACAGCUUGAACUCGCAGAACACGGCGUUGUUUUUGACGAGUUGCUUCCAGUACAUUCUCUCUGCUGUUGUACUUUCCGUUGGCAAACCUUACAGAGAACCCAUGUCCCGCAACCUACCGUUUGUAACUACCAUUUUCGUCACCCUGGCUAUCACUCUGUACAUGCUGUUUGACCCCGCGCAGUGGGUUAUGAAGGCCAUGGAACUUACAUGGAUGGACGUUCCGUUCAAAGUCUUCAUCAUGGCCUUGGGUCUGGGUAACUUUGCCGCGGCGUAUGUUUGUGAGAGGAUUCUUUUCCCCGGGCUGAGCAAGUGGAUUGGCGUUGCCAAGGUGAAGUUUGGUGGGAAGAGGGGCCAGAAGAAGAGGAAGGAGUAUAAGAUCAUUCUCGAGGGGAUGAUGAUGUGA